ACGAUCAUAGCCACAUCUAUGCAUUGCUUUUAAUAGUUGCUAAUGCAGCAGAAAGUCGUUUGUAGGCGCUGCUGUCUUUCGUCUCUAUUCGGGUCUUGAAUGUUAUCAAAUGGAGUGAAAAUCCGACCUCUUGCGCUUAGAUCAUUGCAGCCAUUUUUUUGUAAAUUCGGGAAUAUCGGAGUUUUAGUGCCCGUAUUGUAGUGCAUUGUGAAGUAUCGUUUGCCGUACGGUCCACGGAAGUAAAUCGGUUAUUUAGCGGGACGGGGAGAACAGACAUUAUAGCAAAAUGUAUGUGUGGAGUGCGUGUUGACAGUAGGUACAAUUACUAGUGACGUUUGUGUCCUCCGCCGCUCUUGCAACCUAUUUGGUGCUUUAGGCGGAGUGUGGAAAGGAAAUUCGAAGCCCUGGAAGGUUUAAAAGUCCAAACCAUGGGCAACAAUGCCGCUACGGCGAAUAAAAAGGUUGAUUCCGCUGAGUCUGUCAAAGAGUUCCUUGACCAGGCCAAGGAGGACUUUGAGGAAAAGUGGAAAAAGAACCCAACAAAUACUGCAUCUUUGGAUGACUUUGAACGGAUAAAAACAUUGGGCACGGGCUCCUUUGGCCGAGUUAUGAUUGUACAACACAAACCUACUAAGGAGUACUAUGCCAUGAAAAUCCUUGACAAGCAGAAAGUGGUUAAACUCAAGCAAGUGGAACACACGCUGAAUGAAAAACGUAUUUUACAAGCUAUUAGUUUUCCGUUUUUAGUUAGCCUGAGAUUUCAUUUCAAAGACAAUUCGAACCUGUAUAUGGUCUUGGAAUAUGUGCCGGGUGGAGAAAUGUUUUCGCACCUUCGCAAAGUGGGACGGUUCUCUGAACCGCAUUCGCGAUUUUAUGCUGCUCAGAUAGUACUGGCUUUCGAGUAUUUGCAUUAUUUAGAGUUGAUUUAUAGAGAUUUAAAACCUGAAAACUUACUGAUAGACUCACAAGGCUACUUAAAAGUCACUGACUUUGGUUUUGCCAAACGCGUCAAAGGGCGCACCUGGACCUUAUGUGGAACACCAGAAUACUUGGCUCCAGAGAUCAUUCUGAGUAAAGGUUAUAACAAGGCUGUUGAUUGGUGGGCUUUGGGCGUCCUGGUCUAUGAAAUGGCUGCUGGAUAUCCACCGUUUUUCGCCGAUCAACCUAUUCAAAUUUACGAAAAGAUCGUUUCUGGAAAAGUGCGAUUUCCAUCCCAUUUCGGUUCAGAUUUGAAAGAUCUGCUACGUAAUUUGCUACAGGUAGAUCUAACAAAACGCUACGGUAACUUGAAAGCUGGAGUCAAUGACAUUAAGGGUCACAAGUGGUUCCAAUCAACAGACUGGAUUGCGAUUUUCCAAAGAAAGAUUGAAGCUCCAUUUAUUCCAAGGUGCAAAGGACCAGGAGAUACUAGCAAUUUCGAUGAUUACGAAGAGGAGGCUCUACGCAUAUCGUCAACUGAAAAGUGCGCCAAGGAGUUUGCUGAAUUCUAAAAUUUCUUAUUUUUAGAACAUACCCACAAUGAUCUGAGUUUUAAGAGCUCAAUGAAGCAACAAGGAUGGUUAUUAUAUCAUGUGAUGGAGGUUUUUAGUGUAUUAUAAUUUAAAAUAAUUUUAUUUAUUAGUUUAAAUGUAAAUAUUGUAUUAUAGAGAAUUAGCACUAUUUACAUUAAAUAGGGCAAGCAAAAAGUUAAUCAUGUAAAGUGCAGAACUCUAGCCUUAUUUGUUGCAUUGCUUGAAUAGUGGAUUCAAGCAAUCCGACGAAAAAGUAGGACGCCUUAGCGAAGUUAUUGCAAAAGCCAUAAGCUUCUUUUGAGAGCUUAAAUUGGAUAUUAAAUUAUUUUCUUUUAUCUUGUUUGAAAAUGAAACAAUUCCUACACUAGGUGAUUCAUUAGAUCUACAGUGAGGUUUAAGUCUUCUGUAAACUGGUAUGGCAUAAAGACGUAUAGCUAGACUGCCUUAUACUUAUUUACUCAAUAGGUAUGUACAUCAAAAAUGCAUUUGCCAAAAGUACAUCGGUUUUCUAGUUGAAUCUCAGUUCAACUUUGAUAUAUUACCUUCCGUAAGUCAUCUAGCACAUUUAUUCAAAUAUGUGGGAUUUUAAUGCUUGCUAUUUAUUGAUAUUGCUUUGUUACAGCUUGUGUACUCAGACUACAUUUUACCACCACAAUUGAAUAUUCGUGUAAAUAAUUUUAUGUAUCUAUUAUUUAAAAUAUUUUUUUAUCUAAGCAAACUUUCAAGAUCUUUGCGAGAUCUAAGAAAAACUUUGAACUUAAGCACAGUAUAUACAUUUUUUUAACCACUAUUAUAUUGUUGAUUAAUAUCUGAAGAACAAAUUUUUUUAUUGCGGUCGAAUAACUGGUAAACUGAAGCUAAUAGAUUUUCGAUUUUGAAAUAUCUUGCUUGAUUUAAAACACUUGCUCUUAGUUAUACUUACACGAUCCAGUCAUUUUACCAAAUAGCCAGCAUUAAAUCCAAAGAAACCUUCCUUUGUACUAUGAACUAUGUAAGUCCUAGUCAAAUUAUAAUUAUAUUUUAGUUUUUAUUGCUAGUUGAUAGUUGGCUCAGAUGUUGAUUUAUUUGUGUCUUAAGAAUGACAAGGUCUUAGGUCUCAAAAAAUUCAGAUGAUGAAAACAUAGCUUUAAAAAAUAAUUGUAUACAAGGUAUUUCGCACUGUUGAAAAAUUCAUUUUAUUUAGUGAGUGCUACUAUUUUAUUUUAAAUUUGUAAGACAAAAUUGCUCUUGUAGCAUUGUUCAAUUUGCGUAAGCAACAAUAAGUUGGUUUAAAUCUGCGACUAAAAUACUUCAUCUAAUGUGGGAAUUGCAAACUCACUCGACAUCAGGACAUUUAUAUAAGGGAAAACAGUCAGAUAUUACUGUUCACUAGUACGAAUUUAUUGGCAUAAUACUUGUGGUAUUCUCAGGUGGGAGAAUCAGCGUUAUUUUUAUUAUUUUUUCAGUUCAUUGUACGAGGUCUACCUUGAGGCAUGCGAAAGAAUUCCAAUUAUAGUCGCGCGCAGUCUUAAAAUUAACGAUUUUCUAUCCUGCACAUUGCAAGUGUUAGGUCAGUAAAAUAGCUGAUGAAAAGCACCUUUAAGGGACCUUUUUGGCAACCUUUCUUAACGUUAUCGAAACGUGUGAAAAAGUAAUUAGGUAUCAAACAUUUUGAAGUAUUUAUUCUUUUGAAUUGAAUUGAAUUGUUGCAUACACAUAUGUUUUCCUCGGCUGUUUUACAAUUUUCCAAUUCGAUAAUUAGAUGUUGUUUAUUCGACCUUAUAUCAAACUAUAGUGCAAUUUCGUCUUACAGACACUUUUUAUGCUGCAUUACAGAUAUGAUAUUUAUGGUUUGAUUGAUUUGACUAAACUCACUGUUCAAUAAAAAGUUCGAAACAUUAACUUUUUAAUAUUCAAAUAAAUCUUAUCUUCUGACUUUUUCCCGGAUAUUUGUCUUUCUAGAAUUAUUUUUGAUUGCAACAUUUUUUUUAUUUAACAAUCUGUAGUUUGAAACAGAUUAAAAAAAAUCACUUCCUAUUAUGCCUUCUUGAAACCACAGUACAGUAUCUCAGACCACUACAGUUGAUAAGAGUAUUCUCGGAAAGUGUCAAUUAAACCUUAAUCGGUAUUUGGAUAAUGAAAGAUGUUUUGAACUUGAGAAAUCUAACGGCAUUCAAUCACUUUCUUUGAAUUAAAUAUGUUUGACUGAUGUGUAUUGAAAAAUUUCAAGGACCCGAACCUAAAUUGUUACAAUAUCGAAAUAGGUACAAACAAUUACAGUUCAAUUAUCUCCAGUUUUACGCAAUUUUUAUUUCUUUUGAAAGGAUGGCGUUACUAGAUAAUUAAUCAUAAACUACUCGAGAGUUCAAAAUACUCUUUCUUUGAAUGAUAAAUCGCUCAUAUAUGAAAGGAGAUUCAUUCGCAAUCGAAUAUCCGAAAAUACAAUGCCUAGUCAAAACUGAAAAAAAAAGUGGAGCCAUCACUUAGCGCGGUGUAUUAGUAUUUUUGUCUCCAGCCGUUAAUAAACCGUCUGGUUCAUUAUAAGGCUUAAAAUAAAAAUUGCAACUUUCUGACGUCAAUUAGAAUUACGUUUUAUGUUCAGGUUUUUACCGGUUGGCUUUGGGACUGACUUGUUUUUGGUUCGUUCUAGUGCAUAUUGGGAAGUGGCUUCUUAAAUCAGUUUUGCCUUAAAAUGCUAGUUUGUAACAUAACGUCAAAACUAUAUUUAACUUUGUAUUUACCAAAAACUUAAAAUUUAUUUAUGAAAUUCUAUUAAUAUAUUGAAAGGUAUUAUUGAUUGCCAUGGUGGGAUAUGUACUUUAUGGAAUGAUUAAACCGAAACGUAUAAAAGUUGCUAUUAGAAUCAUUAGGCGAUUAGAUAUAAUAGGCCACCUUAUGUUUAUUGUAUAAAAUAAUUCGAGUCAACCGUCUGUAUGUAAAGAUUGAUAAUAUAACUUCUCUGUGUUUAAUAUAUAUGUAGAUGCCUUUCUUUAAGAUCUUAAGUCAUCCAAGUAUCAAGAAAUUGUCAUUGUGUGUUAUUUAUUUAGUCGUCAUUUCAUCUUAAGCGGAAUAGUUUUCUUUUACCCUUGCUGAUUGUUUAGCUGAGUAGUAGCACUACAUAUCGUUCAUAUGAAUUGUAUAAGGCUAAAAUGUGGAUAUAGGCUACCUUUGUGUCGUAAUUUUGAUCUUUUUUUAUUUAAUCAUAAAAUAAUAUCACGUCACCGUUAUCAGCAAAUCAUAUAUUGCCUGAUCAAAUUAACGACAUUAACGUAGCAACUUAGUGAUUUAAAACAUACGUUUUUAAGUUAAUUAAGUAAGGUGACGUAUGGUUUCCCAAAACGGUUGAAAACUAUCAUAUUUUAUCAUGUUUCGGAAAACAAAACGAUUUAUUUCAUAGGUUUUUUAGAUUGGUGGCUAGUAAACAUACUGAGUGUAUUAUUUAUUAAUUAGUCAAGCUGCAAAUAUUAUUAUAGUCCGUAUUUAUAGAGUGCAUUAUCUGGAAAUAUGUAAUUAUGGUUUGUUUUUGUGCGUUAUGUCCAUGCGGUGGUAUAAUAUUAUAACAUGUUAGACACUUUUUUGCUCAAUUCAUUUCUUUAUUUCAUUGUUAUUAUUUACCUAAUCCACUAGUAAAAUAGCGAAAUGCAGUUAUAAUAAUUGUGAUAAAUUUCAAUAAAGUGAUUGGUGUAAAUGUAA